AUGUGGGGACGUUCUGAGUGCCAGGGACUGGUGAAUGAUGGGGCAUAUGGUGCAUUGAGCUCCAUGAUAGGCUGGUGGAAUAGUGGGUCUGACUGGGACUAUUGGCUUAUGAUGGGACUCAUUGGAAUAGCAGUUGGGAUCCUGGGAUUCUUCGUACAUCAGGCGAUUGACACUAUUAUCAAAUUGAAAAGGAAGCUUAUCCUACACUAUAUACAAAAUAGUCAGUUUUUCCUCACUUGGAUCUGGCUAGUUGGAAUUGGAUUGGUGAUGGUCACACUCUCAUCUGGAGCAGUGCUGAUUUUCUGUCCAUCAGGUAUGCCAAGUGGCCUGCCGGAAGUGAUUGGAUUUCUGAAUGGUGCCUCAGUCCAAGGUAUCUUUCACAUAAAAACACUGAUUGGGACCUUGGUGUCUUGUGUGUUAGCUGUAGCCUCCGGGCUCUUUUGUGGGCCAGAAGGACCAAUGAUUCAAAUGGGUUCAAUUAUAGGAAGUGGUCUGAGUCAGUUUAAAUCUGACACAUUUGGAGUACAAUUUCCUUUCUUCACGAGAUUUCGAAACUGUGCUGACAGGAGAAACUUCAUCACUGCAGGGGCAGGAGCAGGCAUUGCCUCUGUAUUCCGAGCCCCAAUGGGUGGACUGCUGUUUACUUUUGAAGAAGUGGCUUCUUUCUGGGAUAUCAAACUAGCCUGGCAGACGUUUUUUUGCUGUUUGAUGGCUGCAUUUACCACUGAUCUUCUGUCCUCUUCCUUCCAUGGAUUUGUUUAUCGGGGCCAUUUUGGAUUCUUCAAGGCUGAAGACAGCAUCUUGUUUGGGGUUAAAUAUUUGCUCGACAUGAAUAUUUUAGUCUUCAUUCCGACCAUUGUCCUGGGAAUAAUAGGAGGUGUGCUGGGAGCAUUGUUUGUCUCGAUGAACAUGAGAGUCAACAAAUUUCGAACAGAAUUCUUUAAUUUAAUUAAACAUGCGUUUGUACAAAAAGUAUGCAAGCUCACAGAGGCAGUCUUGAUUCUGUUAAUCACAAUUACCAUUACUGUCUACGUGCCCUCCUUCUUCCCGUGCACAUCGCUCUCUAGCCAUGCAAACAGUGAACAAGAAAACAGAUCGUCUUACUACAACAUCUCCACAGAAGUUACUCACCGACUGAGUAAGACAGAACAUUUUAACCCCUACAACUGUCCACUGGGAGAAACCUGGAUUGGACCUGAUGGUGUAAGGCAUUCAAAUUACACUUACAAUCAAGCUGCUGUACUUCUGAUUGAAAAUGGAUAUAAUGGAAUUGUGUAUCUCUUCAGAAGAGGGACACAUGAAGAAUUUGGAUAUGCUGCUCUCUUCACAGCCCUUAUUAUUUACUACCUAUUUUCUUGUUGGACAGCUGGUACUGCUAUGGCAUGUGGACUUGUCAUACCAAUGCUGUACACUGGAGCAUUAUAUGGCAGGAUAAUUGGUCUCAUAAUGGUGUCGAUUUUUGGUAUCCAAACUGACAACCAUGGAGCCUGGAUAGAUCCAGGCCUUUUUGCAGUGAUUGGAGCUGCCUCAUAUUUCUGUGGUGUUUCCAGACUGACGAUCUCCCUCACUGCCAUCAUGGUGGAACUAACCAACGAUGUGCAGUCAGUAAUGCCAAUAAUGGUAGCUGUCAUGGUGGCCAGGAUGACUGGAGACUUGUUCAACUAUUCGUUGUACAGUUCCUUACUGAAACAAAAAUGUAUUCCAUUCCUGGAGCCAGAGCCACGAGUCUCAUACCAAAAGAAAGCGCUGAAUUUGGAAUUGUUUGCAGCGAAAGAUGUCAUGGAGCGUCAAGUAAAGGUCCUUCACCUGAGGGAAAAGGUCCCUUCCCUGGCUGGACUUCUCUUGGAGACAAAUCAUGGUGGAUUCCCUGUGAUUUAUCAACUAGAACAAGCCCAUGAGGAAGUAUUUAUAGGAAGCAUCACCAGGUUGGAACUUUGUAGAAUCUUGGAAAAUGAAAUACUUUUUGAAACCCAAAAUGAGGGGAGCUACAAACAACAUGCUCAGAUGGACUACAAUGAGGUAUCAGUCAAGUUGCUAAACUCAACAAAGCUAAAUCUUCUCCUGAAUAAGUAUAGGACUGAUAACCGAUAUGAGGACCACUAUGUCAAUUUGAAACCAUACAUCAACCAAUCAGCAAUGACAGUCCACGCCAAUUUUUCUCUCCAACGAACUUACAUCAUUUUUCGAACACUGGGACUUCGACAUUUGACUGUUGUUGAUUUGAGAAACCGUGUCCUUGGCAUCAUUACACGGAAAGAUCUGAUGGCGUUCCGACUUGAAGAGAAACUUUUUCAAUCUGAGAAUUUGGAAUCAGACAAUGAUAGAAGAUAAAAGUUUUCUGGUGGAAAUUUUCACAUAUU